AUGACUGGUAUAUUUUUGCAGGUUGGUUCAGGUAAGAGUGGUUGAAUAGUUUCAAGUUGAUUUCUGUUGAUAACAUAAUUACUAGCUUGAUUCUUGAAUUUUCUAUGUGUUGUUUUAUCCAGGUAUUUGUUCAACAUGUAAGAAGUUAAGAGCAUUAGUGCUAACCAGUCCGCAUAAAGCAGAGAGUGUUAUCGAUCAAAUGGAUGCGUUAACACUGGUAAGUUUGAAUUAUGUUAUUUGUAUUGCGUGUCGAAUUUUAUACCUGAAACUCUAUCUUCAGUUUUCGUGGGAAACGGCGGGAAAUGAAAGCUUCUACAUCAGGUUAUUAUCCGGUAGAUUUUAGGUUAAGCGUCCCAGCCAAUGUUAGUGAUUGCAAUGGUUUUCAAAUCUUUCAACUAAGCGUCAGUCUUCUAAGGGACCGGUCAUUAAUUACAAGGGACGGGGCGGGGGAGCUGGUGAAAAAGAGGGGAGGUCAGAUAUUUUUCUGCAUGAAAGGGGGGGGGCAUUUUUGUUCAAUGUGAAUACCUGCCCCGUGACCCCGUCAUCAUAUAAUCUACAGGUGCAAAAUAGAGAGCAGUACACCUGUGGUAAGCACAAUGCCAAAUAUUCAAAUCCAAGGUCACAACAACAUUUAUUAAAAUUUAUUAAACUGAACAUAAAGUAAUAAGUGUAGUUAUUUUUUACUCAUUGAGAUGGUUCAUUGCAUGUACAUUGCAUCGGAAUGGCCGUUGACUCGAUUAAUGGUAGAUAAUAUAUAAAGAUAUAUAGGGUAAUAUGAUUAAAGUGGCUUCACAUUGUAUACUGUAAGAACUUUAAAUUACGUAUGUCUCUUUUGUUAUUGCAUCCUCAAGGGGGGGGGGGGGACAUAAUUUUAACAUCUAAGUUUUCAUUUCCAUCAGCCUCUCUCCUGUAAUUAAUGAUUGGUCCCUAAUAUGUGUGCUGGAAGGGCAAUUGCUAGAUAGUAUACUUCAAAAUAAGAUUUCCGUUUUUAUACAAUUUUUAAAAUAAGUUAGGGUUAGGUUAGGGUUUAGGUUAGGGUUAGGUUAAGGUGAGGGAUAGUAUUAGGGUUAGGGUUUAGUUUUGAGUUAGGAUAGUUUUUUCUACGUUAUAAAAACGGAAACCUUAUUUUGAAGUAUACUAUCUAGCGAUCACCGUGCUGGAAGAGCACUGAAGACGCCAGACGCAUGCUGGAAUUUGGUUGGUGCAUGGGAGGUUGGGGACUCAACGGGAUUUCUUGCACCAACACUGUACCAUAGAUAUCACAAAUUCUUAUCUUCUAAUUUGCUCAUAUGAUCCUAAUCGCUGCCAUGCCUAUUUUUUAACAGAAUAAGAAUAUAGACGACGAGUUGGAAAUAACGUUCUCUCCAGACAUGUCCACACCUGUUUGUGAACGAACAACGUUUGACGUUGGAAGUACUGGCAUGAGCCUGUACAAACGUGGCGAGACGUCUUUUACUUCGACUAUUUCAGAAGAUAUAUCAACUACACUGUCUACACCAAGAGAGAAUCUCAAUGCGUUUCUAACCUCAAGAGAUGUUAGCCCCAUCAGGUAUACUUUAUCAGCGCCAUUCGAAGAAGUUUCAGACCGAACAAAACGUUUUCACAUGCGCAAAGCGCGCCAAGUUGUUACUGCGUGUCUAGAAGAAAUCGUUCCUGGACAAUCAUCCACGCUACUUAAAGAAUUAGCAUGCGACAAGUUGGGCAGUGGUAAAAAUAUUGAUACUUUCUUAUUGGAUGCUUUAACGGAGUGUUAUAAUAACACGAGCCAUUGGAGCACGCGUAGACAGAUAUUGUCUAUAAUGGUUGAUAAGGUCACCUUCGAAGAACUGCAAAAAUGGAUACCAACCUUGACCAGAUAUCGUUUCAAUAUUGCAAAACAUCAUCUGUUGCUUCACGGUAGGGGCGCGGAACUCUCCCAUUUAAAGAAUACGAGAGUUUACAUUCAGCCGGAAAAAAUCGACCAUUUUGUUACUUUUAUUACAAGCUCGCAUAUCAUACAAGACUUACCAUUCGGAGAAAAAAACACUAAAACUGUCCACUCACAGAGAAAUAAAGAUUCCCAACGUUGUGCGCAAUCUUAUACCAGAACAAUGUAUCCAACAGUACGAAGGAUAUUGCAAAGAGGUGAGCUUCCAACCGAUGAGCCGCAGUACUGUACAUUGCGCAGGGUUCUUAAAGUCUGUUCUGCUUCCGCACGUACGUCGUUGCAAGGCCUCGAUUAUAUAUCGCUAGCAAUGGGUGGUCAGGCCUUUGAUGAUCUAGAGAACGUCGUUGACAUGCUUGGAGAUCGUUAUGGCAAGGGUUUGGCAUGGGCCAAACAAACAAACCAAAAACUCAAAGAUGCUAAACGUUACUUAAAAGGAGACUACAAGGUAUAAACAAGUGAAAGCUUAUUGUAUUUUUUGUAGAUUUGCGCACAUGUAAGAAUCAUUCUAGAAUAGUUGAUUUUGUAUCUGAUUCAUAUAUUCUUCUUAGAUUCACAUUUCUAGCAAUUCUGAAGUUGCGGACCACUGCAGAACAUAUGCUCUCAGUUUUCCAAAUGAUGAAAAUUAUACCACCAGCUGUGAUCAUGAGCACAAGGGAAAGUGUGAUAGAUGCAGUAUAUUUCCUGAGACUCUAGCUGAUAUUUGCACAUCUUUGGAAGAAGUAAAUUGCCCUCUUGAAGAGAAAGAAAACAUGGAGUACGUUACUACACAAGCAGCUCAACACAUUAGAUCCUGGAAAGCACAUAUUUUAAGAUCAAUUAAUCAGGACGCAGCACGACACGACAUUUUAAAAGUCUUGGAUUCUCAUUCUGCACUUAUCGUUCUAGACUGGGCAAUGAAAUUCAUUCCUCGCAAAUACCGCGAAAGCCAAAGAGAUUGGUUUGCAAAACGGGGACUUCCUUGGCACAUAGCGGUAUUAACAAAGAAGAAUGAUGAUGGCGACCUCCAAGUGCUUACUUUUUUGCACUUGUUUAAGUCUUGUAGCCAGGAUAGUGGCACUGUUGUUGCAAUCAUUCAUGACGUCUUAAGUCAGCUCUCAACCAUUGCACCAGAGGUGCAUACCGUAUAUCUGCGUCAAGAUAAUGCAGGGUGCUACCACUCUGCAUUAACUCUGCUUUCUCUGCCAACGAUAGAGAGAUCAACUGGAAUUCAAAUCAGACGUAUCGAUUUUUCCGAUCCCCAAGGGGGGAAGGGAGCGUGCGACCGAAAGGCAGCUCAUAUUAAAAAUCACAUGAAUAAAUACCUGAAUUCAGGGAACGAUAUCGAAAAUCCCGAGCAAAUGAAGGCAGCAAUCGAGUCCUUUGAAGGCAUCCCAGGAGUGAAAGUAACAGUGUGCGCUCCACCACCUGGUGUCAAGGGAAUGGCAGGGGAAUGGGAUGGUGUGAGUCUCAUUAACAACAUAGAGUACCGCAAUGAGUCCAUGACGGUGUGGAUGGAAUACAAUAAUGGUCCAGGCAAAAUCCUUCCUUUGACCAAUUUCUGUCGACCCCCAACAGUACCAAAACUUAUCCAUAGCGAGGAAACCGAGGAUACAGUAUCAUUCGUCGCAGUGAAAGCAAGACAACAACCAAAGAAAUCUCGCGAACAAAAUAAUACUGAUCCAAUGGAGGACGAAAGCAGCGAUGAAAAAGUCGACACGUACAGCAAAUUAUUUCUCUGUCCUGAACAAGGCUGCAUUAAAUCAUUCCACAGGUACUCUUCUCUAGAAAGACAUUUGCAUUGUGACAACCAUACCUACGUACUAGAGCAUGAAACCCUUUAUGACAAGGCUAUGAAGCUAUAUGCAACAAAACUGGAAGAAGGAUCCAGUAAAAACCCGAUACCAACGGAGUCAGAGAGCGUCGAGUUGCCAGAGCCAGAUAUUGGCCCUGAACUUGAGAUGGGCUGGGCUUUGAGAACUUCCACUAAGGGAAAGCGGUUUUCCGAUGUUCAGAAGAAGUACCUGGUUGACGUGUUUGAUGCUGGAGAGCAAACAGGGCGAAAAGCCGAUCCGGGUGAUGUGUCAAGAGCAAUGAGAUCUACAAGAAACAGCGACGGCUCGCGACUUUUUAACAAGGGCGACUUUUUAACACCGCAGCAGAUUGCAAGUUUUUUCUCACGAUUGGCGAAAAAAAGAAGGGAAAAUACAUCGGGCGAUAAAGAUAGUGAAGAAAGGGGUGAUGGUGAUGACAAUGACUACGAGGAAGACGAUUUAAAUAAGAAAGAUUUCGAAAAGAGAAAAGGACAAGAAAUCGAAGAAUUAUCAGCUUCCUUGAUUGACGCAAUUGGCCUGAAGCAUCCAAUAAUGUUCGAUAGGCACAAUAUUUGUGAAUUAACAAGUCAAAGAAAACUUUCCAAAUUCUCUGUUUACAUGCUACAAGAAAUUUGUUCUUCAUUCGAACUUAAUAUUACUGACAGCACUGGCAAGCGCAAAUUCAAAAAACCGUACAUUGAUUUGCUAGAAAAACUGGUUCAAAGUUGCGGUUGCUGA